UGGGGUGGGGAGGUUAUACAAAUAGCAUUCCUUGGGGAAGCUGUUGUCGUGGAAGUUCUCUGAGCACAAACACUUGUUCCAUAACAGAGCAUAGUGUGUUGUGUCUUUUUAGCCCAGUAUAAGGUUUAAGAGCUCAAUUUGAAGAUGUCUCUUAUAGAAGGUAUUCUCCAGACAUCAAGCACGAUGACACUGCUGGGGGCUGUGCUGUUUCUCCUUGUCCUCUACCUCCGUUCUUCUGGUUCCAGCGCUGAGGAACAGGGGAAGGAGCCUCCAGGACCCAGGCCACUGCCCCUGCUUGGCAACAUGCUCCAGCUGGAUCUCAACAGGCCCUACCGCACUCUCUGUGAGCUCGCCAAUAAAUAUGGCUCCAUCUUCACGGUUCACUUUGGACCCAAGAAAGUGGUUGUUCUGGCAGGAUACAAGACGGUCAAGCAGGCGCUGGUCAACCAGGCAGAGGACUUUGGGGACAGGGACAUCACUCCUGUGUUCUAUGAUAUCAACCAAGGACAUGGGAUUCUGUUUGCCAAUGGAGACUCAUGGAAAGAGAUGAGGCGCUUUGCCCUGACAAACCUUAGAGACUUUGGGAUGGGCAACAAAGGGAGUGAAGACAAAAUCUUAGAGGAAAUCCCUUACCUGAUUGAAGUGUUUGAAAAACAUGACGGUAAGGCAUUUGACACAGCACAGCCUGUGAUUUAUGCCGUCUCCAACAUAAUCUCGGCCAUUGUCUAUGGCAGCAGGUUUGAAUACACUGACCCCCUAUUCACAGGCAUGGCAGAUAGGGCCAAUGAGACCAUACACCUUACAGGCUCCGCAUCAAUUCAGAUGUACAACAUGUUUCCCUGGUUGGGCCCGUGGAUAAAGAACCUGACGCGUCUGAAAAAGAAUGUUGCUGAUAUGAAGAUGGAGGUGACAGAGCUGGUGAGAGGCCUGAAAGAGACUCUGAACCCUCAGAUGUGUAGAGGCUUUGUGGACUCAUUCCUUGUCCGAAAGCAGACCCUGGAGGAAUCUGGCAAUAUGGAUUCUCUCUACCAUGACAACAACCUGGUAUUUAGUGUUGCUAACCUGUUCGGUGCUGGUACCGACACCACCGGGACAACCCUGCGCUGGGGUCUGCUGCUAAUGGCCAAGUACCGCCAUAUACAGGACCGGGUCCAGGAGGAGAUCAGCAGGGUCAUAGGAAGUCGUCAGCCCUUGGUAGAGGACAGGAAGAACCUGCCCUACACUGUUGCAGUGAUCCACGAGACCCAGAGACUGGCCAACAUUGCACCCAUGGCCAUCCCUCACACCACCAGCCGAGACGUCACCUUCCAGGGAUAUUUCAUCAAAAAGGGGACGUCUGUGAUUCCUCUACUGACGUCCGUCCUACAGGACGAUAGUGAAUGGGAGAGCCCCCACACCUUUAACCCCUCCCACUUUCUGGAUGAGCAGGGACGAUUCAUCAAGAGGGACGCCUUCAUGGCCUUUUCUGCAGGUCGUAGGGUGUGUCUGGGGGAGAGUCUGGCCAGGAUGGAGCUCUUCCUCUUCUUCACCUCCCUCCUGCAGCGCUUUAGUUUCUCUCCUCCUCCUGGAGUAACAGAGGAUGAUCUGGACCUCACACCAUCCGUGGGGUUCACGCUCAAUCCUUCACCUCACCAGCUCUGUGCUGUGAGCCGGGUCUGAGAAGCAAUGACAAUUUUAACAUGAAAAUAUUGGUGGGACAAACAAACAAGCUAAUAUGCAUUGAAACCACUACACUACAUAUUAAAUGCACCAUCAUAAUAACCAAUCCCAGAAAUGAGUUUGCGCGACACACACAAACAUUAUUAUAUUUUGUUUAUGAUCGGUUCAUAGGCUACUUCCAAUAUCUUUUUAGAUCUAAUUGCACGGAAGACCACAGUAGUCGAACAUACUUUUAUAGAGUAAAGUUUAUUUUACUUCAUUUUCAGCAUCGGUCUGCAGUAUUGCUAAUCAUUGUUAGACUAUUGGGACGCAGCCCAAACACGUUCUGAGUGCAGUUGCAUCUGCCUGCCUGUUAACAAGAUGUUCCUGUUAAGAAUAAAGCAAGUUUAUAAAACUUC